AUGCUCAGCAAACAUUUGAGAAUUUCAAACAAGAAGGAAUCCACACGAGUCAAGGCAGUUGAUUUCCACCCUACGGCACCAACACUCGUAGCAGGGAACCACUGUGGGACACUCUACAUCCACAACUACCUCUAUGGCACGGAACAGGGACUCAACGAGCACGCUGGCUCAAUUAGGGCAGUGAAGAUGCAUCCAAGUGGAAGCAUCUUUGCGACUGCUGGAGACGACAAGGAGAUCAGAAUCUGGGACUACAACAAGAAGGCAGUCACCGUACGGCUCAAGGGACACGUCGACUACGUCAGGGCCCUCGAUUUUCACCCAACUCAGCCUUGGAUUCUGUCUGGGUCGGAUGACUGCACAAUCAAAGUCUGGAACUUCUACACGGGCGAGCUGCUUUGCUCCUCAGUCGGCCACCACCACUACGUGAUGGCUGCUGCCUUCCUCGACUCAACUCACAUCAUAACUGGCUCAUUGGAUCACACACUUGGGCUAUGGAACUGCGAGAAGCUCUUUGAGCAGAAGAAGAGCGUAUUGACGCCCACUUUGAUUCAGUAUCAAUCAGUAGAGGCGCAUGACAGGGGAGUGAACUGCAUUUACGUCAGUGAGAACUCGAUAUUCUCAGGAUCAGACGACAGGGAGAUCAAGGAGUGGAAAUACAGGAACGAGGUGUUGGAGUAUCACAGGUCGAUUUAUUCACACGAAUCGAAUGUGACUGGGCUAUUGAAAUACGACGAGGUGCUCUAUUCAACAGGAGAAGACUGUAAGUUGUGUAUAAACUCAAAGGAGAAUUACAGUAUCACAGGAACAGGCAGAUUCUGGUGUGUGGCAGCCAAAGACGACUAUUUGGCAGCUGGCUGCGAUACAGGGCUUGUUGUCUACACAAACAGGCCCAAAAUGGUAGCAGGGGUGUUUAACGGCGUAAGCUAUUAUUGCAUGAAUAACAAACUAUUUAAGGUUGUUAAGGGAGAGGCUGAAUUUGUUUUGAGGGGUCUGAGACUCGUAGACAACUUCAGCAUCUCCGGAGAGAGGGCGCUGUUGCAGUACGACGGCUGUUACGACGUGUUUGACAUGGCUACGGGGAACAAGGUCUCUGCUGAGACAGGAUAUGCAUAUUUUGUACAGGAUGAGCUGUAUAAGAUACGCGAGUGUGUCCUGUUCAGGGGAGACGAGAAAGUGAGAGUCUUCGACGAGGAAGUCGUCUUCCUCGCAUCCAAGGACGACGUCUACGUCUGUGUGUCCAAAGACGGAAAGAAGCUCUACACGAACAAAUUCGACAAUUUUGUUUGUCUGCUAUUUAAGGUUAACAAGGUUGUAUUUAUGCAGAAUACGCUUGUUUGCGUUGGAGAGAGAGCCAUCCGCGCCAUCGACCUUGGAAGCCUCGAGACGCGCUUCGCCCUCUCCACGGACGUCGAGAUCGUGGACGCAUCCUCGCUCUGCUUCGGAUCUGAGCUGGUUUUCGUCUACGCGACCACUAAGCUCAUUUCGUACUUUUACGAGGGUGCUGGCCACCUCUGCUCUGCCUCGGCCUACGCGAAGAUCCUCUCAACUGGCCCCGACUUCCUGUGGCUCGUCGACCUCAACAACGCGGUCUCCCGAAUUGAGCUCGUCACAGGCGAAAUCAAGUUCCGCCGCGCUGUUCGAGAGCAACAAGGCGUCCUUGAAACAAUUCAGUCUGAACAGCUUCCGGGUCUCUCACCCCUCGAGUACCUGAUCAGCCGAAACCAGGGUGCUGUUGCCAUUCCAUUCAUCAAGGAGCCAACGCGUCGCUUUGAUCUCUUUCUCUCUGAGUCUCGUUACGACGAGUGUCUCUCUCUGAUCAACUCACAUGGCCUCAGUCACAAGAAGAGUGUCCUUGCUGAUAGAAUUGUCUCUGAAAAUGACUCAGAUGCCUAUCACAUUGCUGAAGAGUGUCUCUCUGGCGAUGAAAGUGGCCUGUUCCACUUUCUUGUCUUCUCUGGCCAGUUCAAUAAGCUCCGUUCCAAGAGGAAUCUCUUUGAGGAAGACGUCUAUUUGGAGCUGAUUGAAAUUGUAACCAGAAAUGCAGAAGAUAGGCCACUAAAAAGGAAGGAAAAGAAGACCGAAACUGAAAAACAGCCUAAAAUGAUUGAACCUGAAAAACAGCCUAAAAUGAUUGAAACUGAAAAACAGCCUAAAAUGAUCGAAACUGAAAAACAGCCUAAGGCAGAUAGCGACUCAUCCAAAUUGACCAAAUCACCUGAUAAAAAUGCACUCAAAUCCAAACUGUCUCAAAUCACCCUUGAUCAACACAAUGCAUUCAGUUCCAGUGAGUCUCAAAGCCACAAAUCCAAAUAUUCCGAUAAAUCGCGCAUCUCUGAGCCAGCCACGUCAGUGAUGGCCACCGUCAAUGACUCUGAUCCAUCCCAACCAAUUUAUUCCAAAAGAGCCCUUGAAUCAAAGCAGCCUGAAAUUGCUCAGUUUGUGAUGCAGCUGCAGGAGACCCUGAGCCCAUCAAAUUCAACCACUGCCCACACCACGGAAUCAGUGGCAGCCGAUGACGUGGAUCUGGUCGCCUCUGCCUACGCCCUGGCCAUGCAACUGACCACAGAUGGCCGUCUCUCUGAAGCAGCCGCCUGUUUCCGAUCUACGCUCCACCUGGUUGCCCACCAAAUUGAUCUCGGCGGUGACUCACCUGAUUUCACUGAU